GAUUGCUUACAGGCGCGGUCAGCCCGGUUCGCAGAAGUUGUUCCAGCGUGCUGUGUUCAGCAAGGGACAACCAACAACGGUCGAUGACCUCCAGUGAUAGUACACCAGUGGUUCAGGAGCGGUGCGCGUGGGUGGACGACUCCCGCCUCGGUCGCCGCUCUUCCGCUGCCACCCACGGCCAAGUUCCUCUGAGAACAGUGGAGUUCUCCCUGGUCAUCGACUCCACUGCCGAGUCGAUACACUGCUGCGUCCACAAGGUCAAGGGUUUGCGCUCCUCAGUCGGCGCCGAGACUAUCAACAGCUACGUCAAGCUCCACAUCGUCCCGGGUUUGCUGAAGACCAACAAACUGCGGACGAAGGUGGUGUCCGGCUCGGGUGACGCUGAGUUCGACGAGACUCUCACCUACUUUAACGUGUCGGCCGACGUGGUGGUGAACAGCUCCCUGCGCCUUUCAGUGCUCGACGAGGAUCCGUACGGUCACGACGUGCUGGGAGAGACGCAGCUUCGGCUCUCCGAAGUGACGCCUCAUCGGCUGCUGCAGUUCUGCAAGACGCUGACGCCCGUCUGUGAGGGCGCAUAUGACGACUGCGCCGAGCUGCCCCAGGGCCGGAUAUUGUUGUCACUGAAAUACGUGACGUCACGGCAAACUCUGGUGGUGGGCGUGGUGCGGUGCGCAGAGCUGCCCGCCCUCGACGGCAACGGCAUCCCAGACCCCUUCGUCAAAGUGCAACUGCGGCCGAGGGGGGCCAAGUACAAAACAGGCAUCCGCUGGAAGAGCCCCAGCCCCAAGUUCAACGAGGAGUUCAACUUUGCCUGUCGUCGCUGUGAUCUGCCCCGCCGCGUCCUCGACCUUCGCGUCUACGACAAGGAUAUCAGCAAGAGCAACGAUUUCAUCGGCGGCCUGAGUCUGAGCAUAGACUCUUGCGGCGCUCUGCUGCGCCACUGGUUCGACGCUCUGAACUACGUGGACACCCGCCACGACCGCUGGCACCGACUUAGCAGCGGACGACCGGACCCGGAGACCACGUAGACGCUCCGCUCUGCCCCGCGCCAGUGACCGCCCACACCCCGUAUUCCGUCGGAGCGCUCGGAGACCCGAGAGGUUCCGUGUCCCUCCGGUGGGCUUGGGAGCCACUGGG